AUGCCCGCCAAAUCCACCAUGUUCACAUCCGCCUGCAGAAGCGUCGCCCGCUCGAGCGCAUCAAAGACGAUUGCCACAGCACCAAUUCGCAGAAGCCUGCAUCGCUUGUCAACACCCUCAUCUCUCACAUCGACCGCCACCAGAUACCGUCCGAGUGCGCCUUCGCUCAAGCCCGCUCGCUCUCGGUUCCCCGCCGGCACUCGCUCCAUCUUCAUUCAGACCGAGGACACACCCAACGCCGACGCCUUGAAGUUCAUUCCCAACUCUCGCAUCUUGCCUGAGAACUUCCAAUCAUCCUUCCUCGAGUAUUUGUCGCCUCGCUCAACACUCGCGCCUCCUCACCCCUCGCCUCUCGCCGCUCAGCUGCUCAACGUAGAUGGCGUUUCGUCCGUCUUCUACGGCCCCGACUACAUUACUCCCGAAGUCUUCGCUCUGAUUACCGAGGCUGUGACAUCUGGGCAACCUCUCGUAAACACAGUCGCGGGAAAGAGUGGUGAAGAGCAAGCAGUCGAGAAGGACUCUUUGGAAUAUGAUGAGAAUGACAGUGAGGUUGUCAGCAUGAUCAAGGAAUUGCUCGAGACCCGCAUUCGUCCAGCCAUCCAGGAAGAUGGUGGUGACAUUGAAUUCAGGGGAUUUGUUGAUGGUCAGGUCCUGUUGAAGCUGCGCGGUGCUUGCAGGACUUGCGAUUCGAGCACAGUGACCUUGAAGAAUGGCAUUGAGAGCAUGCUCAUGCAUUACAUCGGUUCGUAUAUAUCUGCUGCAUCAUCUCUGGACACGAAGCUAACAGCUACACAGAUGAGGGUUCAAGGUGUCCAACAAGUGCUGGACGAAGAAGAGGAGGUCGCUCUCCGUGAGUUUGCCAAGUUCGAGGAAAAGCUCAAGGCACAGAAGGGUGAGGUUCCUGCCGGCACAAGUGGCAAGGGUUCUCUUGACACUGUCGAGUAG